GGACGAGAACUAAGCUCGGAACUGCAUUAUAGAAAGUUUUGAGGUGCACUGGUGACAUACACACCAUGUCUAGAAGAGGUGGUAGUCUCGAUACCUCUCAUAGUGAUAGCGAGGGAUCUCUAGAUUCUACGGCUAGAAGCAAAUGGCAACUUGAUACAGGUGAUUCAGAAGGUGGUCCAUCCCGAAUUCCUGAUAAUAGAAUUCCUAAGAACUUAUCAAAAUGGGUUCAUAAUAAGGGGAGCUUCGAGAGUAGCGAGAAUUUUGAAAGUGAGAGUAGCUCCAAUACAUCGAAAAUUGAACAAGAUUUCCUUUCGGAACAACCUGGAGAGCACCCUAGAGAAUGGACGAGGGAAGAAAUUGCAAGAGGAUAUAUUCGUUCUAGGAAGAGUGUGACAGUAGUCCGACACUUUCCACCAGGCUUUGGGAGAAAUGUAAGGGGACAACCAGAAAAGGAUAAGGAGAAAGUAACAGUGGCAAGUAAACCCCUUAGAAAAGUGUCAGGUGUACGACAUUUUCCUCCUGGUUGUGGAAGAAAUGCUGCAUCGAUGAGUGAUGAAAAAUAUAGGAGAAUACAACAAGCCUAG